GGAGUUGGAGGGGGGAUCUGGAAGGAGGAGUUGCCUGGCAGGCGGAUCUCAGGGCUGCAGAAACUGCAACACGUACCGCACAACUUCAAUGACGCCCAGUCAAGAUGGCGCAGGCGUGCGGGGCGUGUGGUGAGACGACGGGGGCGCGAGAGCCGCUUUCUGGGCGUGUUGAAGGGAACUUGCAUGUGACAGUGCGCAGGCGUUCAGAUGGCCGCAUGCGUCUGGACGUGUGCAAAGAGUGCAAGCUGUACCACUGUCCCUUCUGCCAGCCGUCCGUCUACAAGCCAAAAGGAGACUAUGCAAGUGUUUGGACACAUAUAGAAAUCCACAGAAUGAGGGCGUUAAAGCACGGAGAGUUUGAUAUUCAUUCUUGUCAGCUGCAAUGCAGAGGAGAACGACAUUUUCAUUGUCCGUAUUGUGCAAAGACAAUUAUAACUCGGAAGCAGUUUGAAAUUCACAUGGACAAAUGUGUAAAAAUGCAAAGUUCAUCAACAGCUGCAAAGGGCAGCCAGUCUGCUGCUCCACCUGAGACUCCUGCUCAGUCAGCUACCACUGUCUCCCAGCCUGCCAUCCUUCUGCUCAGCCUCACUCCCCCUUUGCAGCAGAUUAUCACAUUGGGACAGGGUCCUGCUCCACCCAAGCCACCUGCUCAGCCAAAACCCACAGCAGACCAGCGUCGUGCUUCACCUGACCACCCCGUUAAACCAGAAUCCUCAGCAGACCAGCAGCAGGCUGCCUCAGCUUGCCACCUCAUUGAACUCACAACUACAUCUGUCCCUCCUGCUGUUCCACCUGACCCUCCUGUCCAGCCAACAACACCAGUAGUCCACCUCUGUACUUUAACAGACAACCCGGUGAAGCAAAGAGGUCCAAUAUUCAGUACAGUACGGAGAAAGAUCAAAUGUCCAAUGUGCAAUCUGCACUUGCAUAAAAAAAAUCUAAGGAAACAUAAACUCAGGAAACACUUAAUUUCCGAAAAGGACAUAACGGCCAAAGACCAUCUCAAAAGUCAGUGUGUUGAUUCUCAUAACGGGGUGUACGCUGUAGCAAAGUCUUACAAGGCCACUGCCGUACCAGUUCAUGUCAUUAAAAAGAAGUCAGGUGACACACACAAAAUGAUUUGCGAAGAAGAUCGGUGCAAGGUUAUUUCAGAUUUUCAAAGGAGGAGCGGCUUGCCUGAUAGCCAGUGUCCCCAUCUGCGGUCAGUUGACUUUUGUUUUACUCAUGCAAGCACGGAAGACUUGAAGCCUGCUGUGCUGGAGGAACUGGUUGCCAAUAAACUGAUCGGCAAGGACAUGAAGGCCAAGUGCCUUCACUAUCAUGACCACGCAGCUCAGACCUCAGCGCCGCUCGUUUCUCUCGUGGAUCUUGGUGGAAGUCAUUGUCUGUACUUGUCUGUGUUUGAGCCCAAAGGGUCACUGUACAGCAAGUCAGGGAGAUUAUUUGUGACAUAUAAUAUGAAGGGAAGGUUGUGGCACUGCGAUUGUAUACGAGGGAGAAUUUCCUGCCUGCACAAAAGCAUAGCUAAAUGGUAUCUCUUCCAGUCCAACAAAGAGUUGUUUUCCUCAGAUGCCAAAGGAGACGUACCACUCAGAAUUGCUGAACUGAUGGAGGACUCACCCGCAGAAACGUCCACAGAAAAGUCAGCUGGAACUGUGAUUCCACUUGGCGAAGAAGGACUAAAACAAAUGGCGAAGUACAUUUACAACCAAAAAAAGUUGCCCUCCACGAUUCCAGAGAGCGUCACCCAGGCUGAGUCUGAAAUACACUUGUCAAAGCAUCUGGCUCCAGCUGAAACCGCCUGCCAAGACUGCCCAGGUCAGGUUUCCUUAACGGAGCCAGUGCUGAUCACCAACAAAGCGAGGGUCAUUACUUUAACGGGAGUGAUGGAAGAUUAUUCCACAUUUUUCAAAAAGUGUCCAGAUUGUGAACUGGUCUACCAUUAUCAGGAGUGGAGCGGCGGUGUUCACAAUUACAACAACCACAUAAUCCUAAGUCUGCAGCUUUGCUUGCUUCUGCGAGACUCAGUCAAGAAUCACACUGCUGAUGGUGCAGUGGUGGAGGUGCUGGAACGGACGGUAGGUGACAGGUCUCCCUGUGGCAUGGAAGUGCUUCAGGCUUACCUCCACUUUGAGGCUCUUACGAAUCACGACCGCCCAUCUGUCAUCAUGAUGGAUCUUUAUCAGAAGGGGAUUUUCAACAUGGCAGGGAUUGAGAUCCAGGGCCUGCCGGAGUCCUUCACUGGAGAAGUAAAUGCAGAGGAAGUCUGGGGUUCGGUGUGCAUGGAGAUAAUCACCAGCAGCCUGGUUGCUCGAGGUUCUCCCUGUGUUGCAACCGACAGUAACGUGAAAGAAGCUGUGGUGUCUGCUGUCACAGCCUCCUUCACACCGGCUGCCAGGAAGAGGCUGAGCAAACAAAGGACAGAGGAGUGUCACAGGGCUGUCACCAGAUAUCUUGUGAAGGGACUGCAUCCCUCGUCCACGUUAGAGUCGCCGUGGUUUAGAGAGAUGACAAAAACGCUGAACCCAAAGUACCAGCUGCCUUCCAGAGACGAGCUCACAAACGCGCUCAUCCCUUCAUGGUACUCUGUGGAGAAGAAACACAUCAUCAGACAGCUGCUCCAGGUGUCUGAGGCUGCACUGACAUGUGACUGCUGGACGAGUUUGGCCCACGACCGUUACCUCACGGUCACUUUACACUUCAUAAUGAAAGGCCACAUGCAGCAGAAGGUUCUUCGCACGAAGCCGGUUCACGACGCUCAGACCGACGCGGUCGUGUCGGAGCAGUUAGGUAGCGUACUGGAGGAGUUUGGCGUCAGAGACAAAGUUGUUGCCGUGACGGUGGCUGAUACAUUCAGUAUGGACAUCACCAUCAGGAAAGUGCAAUUUAGGAAGCUGAGGUGUUUCGCACAAGUUCUUAAUGUUGCUGCACAGAGUGUGUACACCAGCAGCACUGUGGCCAGAUGGGCAUCGAAAAUAAGAGCUGUUGUUGUGUGGAUCAAAAGGUCUUCCACAGCUAAAAAGGUGCUUCAGGAGAAACAACAGCUUCUGAAUCUACGUCGACAGUCUUUAGUGCUUGAUGUCCAAACCCGCUGGACCUCGCUGUACCUCAUGGUGGAGAGGUUUGUAGAGCAGUACGCUGCCAUCCAGGCCACCUGCACAGAUCCACAGAUCAAGCAGUCGGUUGAGAAGAGAAGGCUGGAAACGCUCACAGACGACGAUCACCGGAAAGCAGAAGAGUUCGUCAGAGUUAUGAAGCCUGUGUACACGUCUUCGCUGUGUGUCUCAGCUGACAAGAGUCCAACGUGUAGUCAGAUAUUUCCCAUCCUGAAAAAACUGGAGGCCCACUUUGAGGCGCAGGAUGACGACACUCUGUUCACAACCACACUGAAGGGAAAAAUCUGGGGUGACCUGUCGACGUACUACAAGGAUGGUGAUACUUGGAAGUUCCUGCAGGAGUCGAGCGCCAUGGAUCCAAGGUUCAAGAACAGAGUUGACUCAGAUGAGAUUUGGCAGAGAGUGCAAAAUGCUGCGGUGAGGGUUACCACCACGGCCAAGGUGUCGAAUCAGAAGGAACCCAAACCUUUGGAUGAGGACAGUGAUGCUGAUGAUGCAUCUGAGCAAAAUGAUGAAGAGUAUUCAGAUGAGACUCUGUUUGCCAAACGGCAGAAGUUAUCCGCCCUGGAAGAGCUUUUCGAGGCGGAGGACAAAGCCCUGAAGAGCAUCACAGCCACAGAGAACACGACGUCAGUACCUGAAAGAGUCCAGCAAGAAAUGCAGCUGUACAGAAACCUCCCGGCGGUGCCCACAUCAGAGGACGCUCUGGCCUGGUGGUGGGAGAGACGAGACGCGCUGCCCCUCCUGUUUAAACUCUCCAACUCGUACCUGUGUAUCCAGGCGUCGUCUACUCCUCACGAGAGAGCGUUUUCCACAGCGGGAGACACGGUCAGCCAAGAGAGGUCUCGCAUUCUCUCGGAUCAGGCGGACAUGCAGAUUUUUCUACAGAAAAACUGUUAAAAA